CUCUCUCCACUCCUCGCAGCAAAUUCCAGCUCCUUGCCCAACCACAAAUUCCAUUUUGGCCAACGAGCAUACUAUUUUCCAUUAGAACUGUGCCUAUGGCUUCCAUCAACGCCCUAGCACUCCUGGUUGCUGCCUUCGUUCUCUGUGCGCAAGGCACUCUAGGAGAAAUAAUAUGUGAGCAUCUGGACCAAGAGACAUGUUCUUACGCAAUCUCAUCCACCGGCAAGCGCUGCGUGCUCGAGAAGCACGUCAAAAGGAGCGGGGGAGAAUCAUACACUUGCGGUACCUCUGAAAUUGAAGCCGAUAAAUUAACAAAUUGGAUCGAAACUGACCAGUGCAUCAUAGCAUGUGGUCUCGACAGAAAAUCACUGGGAAUCUCAUCAGAUUCUCUCCUCGAGUCUCGCUUCACACAGCAGCUCUGCUCUCCUCAGUGCUACGAUAGCUGCCCCAACAUCGUUGAUCUUUACUUCAAUCUCGCCGCUGGAGAAGGUGUAUUUCUUCCCAAGCUCUGCGAGGCACAAAAGGGAAAUGCACGUCGAGAAUUGACGGCUGAUUUAAGGAGCUCUGGUCUUGUUGCACCCGGACCAAUUCAACCAUCGAAGUACACGAUUGCGCCAAUAGUUGCCCCAGCAUUGGCUCCCUUUUAGUCAAUUUCCUGGCAAGAAAACGCAGAAAUAAUGUGUAAACUUAUGAAUUAUAUGAUAAAAAUGAAGUAGAACCAAUAAUGUUUUUAGAAAAGCCAGCCAACUGGAUUGCUGCAUGAGGGUAUGUGCUGGUUCUGUUUUUGUAGUUAACAGGGUAGAUUUUAGACGUGUUCUCUUCUCUUGUUGUUGAUAACGAAUGUGUAUUGGCAUAGCCACAGUCGGCUUCUUCUCUUGGAAGGAGUAUGGAUUUGGUGGAAUAAGAUAAUAAAGGUUUUGUA